AUGCAGGCUGGAGGGGCUGAUAUUAUCGAACUCGGUCUGCCUUUCACCGAUCCUAUCGCAGAUGGCCCGACUAUUCAAAAAUCGAAUUUGAAGGCGCUCGAAAAUGGCGUUACCAUCUCAUCUACGUUGGAUAUGGUCCGCGAUGCCCGCCAAAAUGGACUCAAGACACCUGUGCUCUUCAUGGGCUACUACAACCCGAUCAUGCGCUACGGGGAGCCCAAACUCCUGGCUGACUGCAAAGAGGCAAUUCGAUUCCACGAGGGCUGUACGAAGACACGACUCCUUCAUCUAUCUCGUCUCUCGCAUGGCGUCACCGGUGCCACUGGAACUCUCAAUUCGGAACUCCCUGCUCUUAUCAAGCGCGUUAAGGAUUUCUCGGAAAAUGUCUCCGUGCCCGUUGGUUUCGGUAUCAGCACUCGCGAGCAUUUCCUGAGCGUGACCUCCAUCGCCGACGGCGCCGUCAUCGGCAACCACGCAGAGAAAGGUCGCUCGGGAUGCCUCGGUAGCUGCGGCCCUGCGGCUCCCCAAGCGUCGGAGGCGAGUGCACCUAAAUCAGCUGUCGAGGAAGAGGCAGCGGCUACUACCGGUGGCUCAGGACUAUUUGGCGAUUUCGGCUGUCAAUAUGCUCCGGAGGCCUUGAUCACCUGUCUGGAUGAAUUGAAUGCUGGCUUCGAAGCCGCGCCGAAUGAUCCGACCUUCUGGGCCGAAUUCAAAUUAUAG